CAGAAUAAAGGGGCGUAUCCACUAGCUAUCUUACAGCUAGUAGCAUCCAUUGCAUUAGGCUAAAGCUGCACGUUUUCAGACAACUGAAGAUUUUGCAAGUAUGUAUCUCUACGUACAUGCUAUUAUGAGCACAGGAAUGACCUCUCCAGAGCUAGAUCUAUGGACAGAUCACACUGGCUGGAGAGAUUUCUAAAGUGGGUGUGGCUCGUACUUCUCUAAGUACGAGUACGUACGAGUAGUGAUGUGAUUGUGCCAUCACGGGAUCGAAGGCCAAGAGCAAGGCCAGAGCUAGCCUCGACCCCCGGCCGAUCCGUCUCCAAUUGAACGCUAGGUCGCCUACUUAUUUUUCAACAUCGUUCUAUUAAAAAAAAAAUCGGCCUGGGACCGAGGCUAGGCCAGAGCUCGAGCCGCUACAGCCCGGCUAAGACAAAAUUAUGGAGGAGAAUUUAUAUCAAGAUUUUGUUAUAAUUGGUACAGGUGAUUAUGACUUCAAUAGUUCAGAUUCUGAAUCGGAGUCCGGUUUGCCAGGCAGGGGAGUUUCAGUAGACCCAAUUCCAGUCUCAGAUGCACACGUGGGUGAGAGUAUCGGGGCUCGUCCUGUACCGGCAGUGUCGAACAAUCAAGAUACUAAUAAUACUGUCACCUGCGAGAUUGAUGAGGAUGAAUUCUGUGUGAUCACUAUUAAUAAGUGUUUCCCUGAAAGGUCAGCGUUAGAUUUGAAUUUAAACGUUCAACCUAUUGAAGAAUCUGGCACACAUAACAACCAGGCUCCCUCAGAACCAGAGCUGAACACUCUCCCCCCAGAACCAGAGCCGAACACUCUCCCCCCAGAACCAGAGCUGAGCACUCUCCCCCCAGAACCAGAGCUGAGCACUCUCCCCCCAGAACCAGAGCUGAACACUCCUUCUGCAGAACCAGAGCUGAGCACUCUCCCCCCAGAACCAGAGCUGAACACUCCUUCUGCAGAACCAGAGCUGAAUAGCUGCGUGUCAGAGUGUACAGAUCCUUCAUUGCCAACAGAUGGAUCCGUCAAAAUGAUUCUUCCGUUGCACAGCCCUGUCAUUGUGGUAGAUUGUCACUGGUUUUUGUUGCAACAAGAAACUGAUGACUUUGAACGUCUAAACAGCUAUGGCAUUAUUAACUGAGUUCAAAUCAAGCAGCAAUUCAACAAAUCGACGGUUGCUUUGUGUGAACUCCAUUUGGCUCGCUGUUGUGCAUAUAUUAUUUGCAUGUCCUAAAUCUACUUGCUAUUGGACUCUAAAGCCGUUACUCCAAACAGAACAUUAAUUGUUUAUAAUGAUGUGUUUAAUGGAUGUGUUAUUAUUAUUAUAUCCAGGAGUACAUUACUCCUUAAUUACUA